AUGGGUGUGAGAGGUCUCCAGUCCUUUAUGGAGCGCUGCUGUCCAGAAGCCUGUGUGACAGUGAACCUGAGAGACAUGGCCAGACAGCAUGCUGCCAAAAGCCAGCAAGCCUCCACAACCAGUCCCACUCUUGUUGUGGAUGGUAUGGCUUGCCUGCGUCACUGGUACUCAUGUAAGGACUGGGUGUGUGGAGGCCAGUGGAAGGAAUACAUGGAUGUCCUGAAGAGAUGGGUGGAGGCUUUUACCUCUGCUGGCAUUAGACUGGUCUUUUUCUUUGAUGGAGUGGUGGAAGAGCAGAAGAGACAGGAGUGGGUAAAGAGGAGACGUAGAGUGAACGGGGAGAUUUCUAAAAUGUUUUGCUACAUCAAGCAGCACGGAGAGCAGCCUGGUAGAGAGCUCUUUUGUCUGCCCUCUGGUUUGGCAACAUUCACACGCUUUGCUCUCAGGUCGUUGGGUCAGGAAGUGUUUUGCACUGUGCGGGAGGCAGACUAUGAGAUUGCCACGUACGCACGACAGCAUGGCAGCAUGGGCAUACUGGGACAGGACUCAGACUUCAUCAUAUAUGACAGUGCUCCUGUCUUCUCUGUGACUAAGCUGUGGAUGAAGAGGCUCACCACUGUCAUGUACGACCGGCAGCAGCUCUGCCGAACCCUUGGUCUGGCUGUUACUCAGCUCCCACUGCUGGCCUGUCUCCUCGGUAAUGAUAUCGUGUCAGAGGGCCAAAUGCAGCAUAUCAGGGACAAUGCCAUGGCAACAUACAGGAAAAACAAUCCCACACCACACCCAGGAGCUCCUCAGGGGCAGGUGGUGCUCGCAGUAUCCCAGCUUGUCAGCUCUUUGUGGAAGAAAGAGGAGGAACUAACUGGACUUGUCCCACAGUCUCUAAAUCUGUCAGCUCCGGACAGGGAGCUCCUCAUGAGGGGGGUUUGCUUCUACCUUUUACCUGGACAGAAAGCUCACAUAGAUGACAUUUCUGCACUUCCCUCUGCCUUUGACAAACAUGUUAGCCCAGAAAUAUUAAAGGCAUGUAGAGAGAAGCAUGUAGCAGCAGAGGGUUUCAUGGUUUACAGCGUUGUGUGUGAGGGAGUCACUGAAUGUAGCAAUACUCUGGAGGACGAGGAGGACGCUGAAUUGUUACCUCAGGCCCUCGUCUACAAGCCCUGUAGACAACGCAUCUACGGUCUGCUGCUGCUCAGGCAGGAUGGCAGCACUGUGGACCGUCCAGCAAUCAAAGAAUGGUUUGUCUUCCCUGGAAACCCUUUGAAGGAGCCUGACAUGGUCCACCCUGUCCCAGUCAGCCUGCCUGCUGGCGAUCCACCCACUCUGGACGUGUUAUGGUUUAGCAGUGGUCCUGAGGUUUCUGCUCUUCGCCUGACAACCUUCCUUUCAAUUUUUGAAUGCCUUGACAUCUCAGAGUUGUAUGGAGCCAUUGAAGACCCUCUCCUGGCGGCUCUCUGUCUGACUACAUACAUUGUCCUACAGGUACAAACUUUGUCUCAAGAGGACGUGGAUGCCUACCUGAGUCAGGCCGUGUGUCUGAGACUGAAGUCCCCGCAGGAGCUUCAGCAGAUUGAGCUGCCUUUCCUGUCCAGUCGUGCGGUGCAGCUGGGAUCUCUCUACGUCCGAGGACUGAGCCACCUGCUGGGUGCUAACUGUGCCAGCGGCUGCCCGCUGCCCAGCGCUGCCCUGAUGCCUUGGCACAGCUUCGAUGGACGUCUGUUCCACUCAAAGUACCUGCUGGCACACAGCGGCACAGAGAAAACCGAGCUGCUGGACAGCGACCCAUCCUGCCUGUCGGUGUUCCUCCUGCUGAGGGAGAAACUCACAGAAACCUGCAGGAAAAGAGGCAGAGUCCUUGAGUCCAGACCCAACACACCAAAGCAAAGUUUUAAAACCACACCAGGAGCCACGUACAGAGACAGACACACAGGUCGGCCUCCAGGUGGUGAUGAGGGCUGGAGGGGAAGAGGAGAGACAACGGGAGGCCAUCGACAUGAACGAGGAUGGAGGGAGAGAGGAGAGGAAAGAAGAGGUCAGUUUGACAACAGGGAGAGACUGUGGGAAACAGGAGGACACAGAGGAGGAGGAGGAGGAGGAGGACAGUAUUUUCAUUCAUUUCAGCCACAUUACCACGAUGGAGGAGCACAGAACAUGAACCGCCCUCCAAAACGGUCCAGAGGUCGAUCGUAUAACAACAGAGGAAGAUACCAGCUGGCUCCGAGAUGCAGCAGCUGAUUACACUGAGAUUAGACGUCUCACCUCUAAUCUACCAUCAGCAGUCUGGGACUCGGUCUCGCAGCUCGAAUAGCAGAGAACUAGCUAACGCAUGCACACACAGGUCAUGUAGCCAGGAUGCUCUUCCUCGAACGGUGCAGAUCUCCUGAUUACCUCAAGCUAAUCCUCGCUCGCUCUCUCUUUUGCAGCUGUAAAUGUACAAUAUACUGAUUGUCUACUGACUGUUCGAACCAU